GGUCGUGCUAUCGGUGCUGUCCGUUGAGUGUUGGGUUUUGGACCAAGUUCAUAAGAGGAUCAUUCAUUCGCACUUCUUUCCGUCGGUCAUGAAGGCAGCGUGUGUCCAGUGUCGGGUGCGCAAGGUCCGCUGUGACCGAUCCGUACCUGGUUGCAAAACCUGUGAGCGCCUGGGGUUCCAGUGCUCUUUUCAGCGCGACACUUCUCAGGCCGUCGGGCAGGAUGUGCCGCGUCUGCCACCGAAGCGUCGCGGUGCAACGGCCUGCUUGGAGUGUCGGACGAUGAAGGUCCGUUGCUCGGGGGCCACAUCUCGGUGUCAAAAUUGUCAUCGGCGAGAUCGUAUACAAUGGCUCUGGUCGUGUCACCAGGCAUUUAGUCCCUCAGAAAGAUAGCGGCGAGUUCCAAAACAUAGUUAACGACAAAGAAAACCCUACUGAUUUGGUUUCUGUUUCUCGAUCCACAGUGCAUGAAAAGACGUUUCACCAACCCGAGGCAUGAUACACUAGCCCUAUUAAGAUUUCGGAAGGGUACAAGAUCUUAUGGGUGGAGUGGACGGAGGAAAUCGCCUAUCGUUCAGCCAGUGGAUAUGUGGCAAAGGACAAAUGGGAGAAGCUGGAUUUGAAGGAUAAACCUCUGCUUCUUGGUUGGUCUUCCCGGAAUAUCUAGUACUCCUCAUCCUUGUUACUUCCCAAGUAUGUGCACUGUGAAUGUAGAUUGUUAGCAUCCUUUGUAAACGGAGAGCAGCAAGUUCGGUAUACAUCGUUCAUAGUAUAGUGAGCGGUGAUAUAUCCUUAGUUCUUCCCAUUCGGUGGCAGUUACAUCUACGUCGUUCUUCGCCAAAACAAUCGCCACUGUACUCGAUGAC